GCUUCUGCUUGAGUGGAUUUGUAGAUAUUUGUCAAAGGAAUAGAGAAAGAAGAAAGACCAAGACAAUAAUACAAGUAACAGGCAGAGUAUUGACGCUUCAGGAGCAAAGGAGUAGUCUUCCCCUGGAAAGCGAAACCCUGGAAGUGCAGUCUGAAAAGCAAGUGGAAUUCUCAGCUCAAACAGCUAAUUCUGAGUCAGGCAGUCCCGAGCGCAGGCUGGGCUGCCAAGGAACCCAGGAGCUGGACGGCUCGUCCCAGUGGCUGGCUGACCAGAAUGAGGCCGGUUCCCAGCAUGCACUGGAACAGGACGCCAGCACUACAACCGCAAUUGAAACUAUUGGGACGAGAGGCAAAGAGCAAGAGCGAAUUAAAAUGCAGAGCAGUCCUCCUCGACAACACCACACGCUGCACACACAGGUAGAGUUGGAGACUGCAUCAGACAAAAUGACAGGCAGCAAUCCAGUGUCACCAGCCUCUUCAGGCUCACCUGCCUCAAGUGGGAGCAUCUCACCAUCACAUCUGACCCACGACUCUUUGGAUAGUCACCUAAGCUUUGAUGGUCCCAAGUCACAGAACAGAACCCUUGUAUCAUCUGGGAUGUACAUCUCCCCUGAUCCUGCGAGCAUGUGGGACAAGACACAUGCAGAGAUUGCUGAGCAGGCGAAGCAUGAAGCAGAGAUUGAAAAUCGCAUUGCAGAAAUGAAGAAGGAGGGAUUCUGGUCUUUGAAAAGGCUUUCAAAGGUGCCUGAGCCAAUUCGGCCCAAAGUGCACUGGGAUUAUCUUUGUGAGGAAAUGCAAUGGCUCUCUGCUGACUUUGCUCAAGAACGUCGCUGGAAGAGGGGUGUUGCCAGGAAGGUUGUGCGCAUGGUGAUCAGGCACCAUGAGGAACAGAAGCAGAAAGAAGAACGAGCCAAACGAGAGGAGCAAGCCAAGUUGCGCCGCAUUGCUUCCUCCAUUGCCAAAGAGGUCAAGCAGUUCUGGAGCAAUGUUGAGAAGGUUGUGCAAUUCAAGCAGCAGUCACGUCUAGAGGAGAAACGGAAAAAAGCGCUGGACUUGCAGCUGGAUUUUAUAGUGGGCCAGACAGAGAAAUAUUCCGACUUGCUGACCCAAAGCCUCAAUGAGACUCUUCCACUUCCCAGCAAGGCCAGUGGCUCCCAUGCUGGCUCUACUGCUUCUAGUCCACCACCCCCUGCUCAGUUCAUUGAGGAUGAAGAUGGGGAUUUCCAACCCCACGAAGAGUCAGAUGAUGAGGAGACAAUUGAAGUUGAGGAGCAACAGGAAGGGAAUGAUUCAGAAACACAGCUGCGGGAGAUCGAACUGCUGAAGCAGGAAAGUGAGCUGCCCCUAGAGGAACUACUGCAGACAUUGCCACCCCAAAUCUUAGAAAACUCUGUCAGUGUAUCUCCUUGUGCCUCCAGCUCUGACAAUGAUGAAGAAGAAGAGGGUGACAGCGAAGAGGAAGUUGAGCAGGAGGAAAGUCAGACUUCUGAGAGCCUAAAGCAGGAGAAACCAAAGCCUGUUACUCAGAGGAAUAAAAAACCUUGGAAACCUGAUGAGGAGGAUGAGGAGUUUACGGCCAAUGAAGAAGAAGCUGAAGAUGAAGAGGAAACAAUAGAUGCUGAAGAAAAGCUGGAAGGAAAUGUGGAUCACAGCAAAGAACUGGAUGAUCUGGCCAAGGAAGGUGAACUGCCCAUGGAGGAGUUGCUGCAGAAAUAUGCUGGUGCUUAUACUUCAGAUUUUGAAGUGGAAGCAUCAGACACUUCAUCUGAGGCAUUGGAGCCUACCACUUCAGAGUAUGAGGAGGAAUCAGAGGAAGAUAGCACUAGUCAUUCAGAUUCCACAGAAGAGAUCGAAGAAAGUGAGCAAGAGGAAAGUGAAGAAGAGGAUGCCCUUGAGGAGGAAAGGGGAGAAGCUUCAGUAAUCCAGGAGGAAGAUUUUGGUGUUGAGUACCUUUUGAAGCAGGAUGAUGAUAAUGGUGGUGAGGGAGACAAUGAUUCAGCUCCAGCCCCAGGGCCAAAAAAAGAGAUCACAGACAUUGCAGCAGCAGCAGAGAGCCUGCAGCCGAAAGGCUAUACUUUGGCAACUACACAGGUUAAGACACCAAUUCCUUAUUUGUUGCGUGGAACACUGCGAGAAUACCAGCACAUUGGUCUUGAUUGGCUGGUUACCAUGUAUGAGAAGAAACUCAAUGGUAUUCUGGCUGAUGAGAUGGGGCUUGGCAAAACAAUCCAGACAAUUUCCUUGUUGGCGCAUCUGGCCUGUGAAAAAGGCAGUUGGGGUCCUCACUUGAUCAUCGUUCCUACCAGUGUGAUGCUCAACUGGGAGAUGGAGAUCAAGCGCUGGUGUCCCAGUUUCAAGAUUUUAACAUAUUAUGGGGCACAGAAGGAGCGUAAGCUAAAGCGACAGGGUUGGACCAAGCCUAAUGCCUUCCAUAUCUGCAUCACCUCUUACAAAUUGGUGUUGCAAGAUCACCAGGCCUUUCGACGUAAGAAUUGGAAAUAUCUAAUCUUGGAUGAGGCUCAGAAUAUCAAGAACUUCAAAUCCCAACGCUGGCAGUCUCUGCUCAACUUCAACAGCCAGAGGCGGCUACUGCUGACUGGGACUCCUCUCCAGAACAGCUUAAUGGAGUUGUGGUCCCUCAUGCACUUUCUAAUGCCACACGUCUUCCAGUCGCACCGCGAGUUCAAGGAGUGGUUUUCCAACCCACUGACGGGCAUGAUUGAGGGCAGCCAGGAGUACAAUGAGAAUUUAGUCAAAAGACUGCACAAGGUGCUACGUCCCUUCCUCUUGCGAAGGGUGAAAGUGGAUGUAGAGAAGCAAAUGCCAAAGAAAUAUGAGCAUGUCAUCAAGUGCCGUCUUUCCAAGCGUCAGCGUUAUCUUUACGAUGACUUCAUGGCCCAGGCUACCACGAAGGAGACGUUGGCAACAGGGCACUUCAUGAGCGUCAUCAACAUCCUGAUGCAACUCCGCAAGGUCUGCAAUCACCCCAAUCUUUUUGACCCGCGGCCUAUCCACUCGCCAUUUAUCACGGAGGGCAUCUGCUUCAACACCGCCUCCCUCGUCUUGCAUGCUCUUGAUAACGACCCUUUCAAGCAUGUGGACUUGGGCAUUUUUGAUCUGAUCAACCUGGAAGGCUCUGUGUCCCGUUACGAAACAGACACAUUUCUGCCCAAAUGGAAGGUGACAAGGAAAAUGAUUGAGGAGAUUGCUGAGUCCCCAGACCCUCCUCCCAGACCCAAGCCAGUCAAAAUGAAAGUGAACAGGAUGUUACAGCCAGUGCCCAAGCCAGAAAACAGGACAGUAGUGCUGGUGAACAGCCCUCGACCCACAACCCCUCUGCAGAGACCCAUAACCCCUGUGCUUCCAGAACCACUGACACCUGCUCUAGCUCCUGUACCCCACACAGGCCCGGUAUUGCCAGGGUCUUUGCAGCCCCCCACGCUCCCUGUCUCAGUGUCUCUCCCUGUGCCUAUCCCUAUGCCUCCGUCACCUGUGACCAUGUCAGUACCAGUGCCUCCUUCUGCCAGACCACAGACCCCAACUCUAGUGCCUACUUUGAGCCAGAACAACACAGCUGCUACUUUGCUGCAGAGCCAGGCCUCUGUUCCUCAGGUCCUGCCCACGGCAAUGGCUGCAGCUCAGCUGGUCCCAAAUACUCCCCGACCUCUCCUCCCACCACCUCCUAUUUCUCCUACCACAACCACCACCUCCUCUCUUAAGGCUGCAGCAGUUCCAGUCCCAGUGGGGCAGCAGCCCCCAGGUAGCACCUUGAGUGUCCCUCCAGUGCGACAGCAACCACCCAUUAAUACUUUGGGUAUCACCCCUGUUGGGGGUCAACAACAACAGCCCCCCAUCAGCACCUUGGGCAUUAGUCCCGUGGCACAGCAACCACCCAUCAACACCCAGUCCAUUAACACACUUAGCAUAUCCCCCAUUAGCACCCUGGGUGUGACCCCUGUAGCAGGGCAGCAGCCUCCACCUAGCAACACUUUGGGCCCGGGGCCUACAGCUCAACAGUCUACCAGCACCGUCGGAGGCAUGGUGAAGCCCGUGAACAUCCAUUCUGCUGUACCUACCUUGCCUGGUUACAACUUUGCAGCGGCUGGAGGUGUGCAGCAAAGGCUUCUGUUGUCCCCGGAUAUGCAGGCACGAUUGCCUUCAGGUGAAGUAGUAAGCAUUGGGCAGCUUGCAUCAUUGGCUAAUCGCCCUCUCCAAGGUGCCCCAGGCAGUAAACCCCUCACAUUCCAGAUCCAAGGCAACAAGCUUACCUUGACGGGUACACAAGUUCGCCAGGUCACUGUGCCUCAGCCAGCACGACAGCUGCCAAGAAAUGUAGUUCACUUGGUAUCUGCUGGGGGGCAGCACCACAUAAUCAGUCAGCCAGCUCAAGUGGCUUUGAUCCAGGCUAUGGCCCAGCAGGCUGGGCAGAACCCAGUUGGUGUGCAGACCGUGCCAGGCCACCAGCCUCCCACCAUCCUGCCAGUCCCAGCUACCAGCACAACUGCUGCACCAGUUGCUUCCACAGCAACAAUCAGUGUCCCUAUUGCUGUUACCCAAGUGCCAUCCUCAGCAGUGAACAGUUCUGGUGUAGUAAAGAUUGUUGUGCGACAGGCUCCUCGAGAUGGCUUAGCGUCCCCAUCACCUGGGCCACAGCAUCCACCUAUGCGUCCUGUGACACCAACAACUGCCAGUACGUUACCUGGCCUUCCAACAGCCCUCUUGGCACAGCGAGCUCCACUUCCUGUGAACCCAGUCUCAUCAGUUAGGCUGCCCAACCAGCCACUGGUACCAGUGAGGGCACCUGCACCAGCUCCCCUGCAGACCCUUGUGAGACCCAUGCUGCGAAUGAUACACGCCUCUAACCCCAACCUGGAACAACAUCUGGUUCCUGCUUCCUCGCCUCCCACAGUUGCUCCAUUUGCUAUCACCCCAGCUGCCACUGUGACUGUUCCUGCCAACACCUCUCCUACUAUGGUUUCCCAAAUUGCCUCAAGCCCCAUGCCCAAGGAGGAACCGGAGAUGUUAACCCUGCGUUCUACUACACCUACACCACCGCCCCUUUCUAUCCUGGCCCCAAGGCCUAGACGGCAACCCCCACCCCCACCUCGUUCACCUUUUUAUCUGGAAUCACUUGAAGAGAAGCGGAAGAAGCAGAAGGAGGAGCGUCUUGACCGGCUUUUCCGUCUCAAUGAACAGCAUUGCAACCUUGUGCCCAUCUACGGUACUGAAGUGCUACGCUUUUGCACCCUCUUUCCUCCUGCUCCUCCACCUCCACAGGAGGAGGAGGAGGAGGUGGAGGAAAGUGAAGAACGAGCAAUAGCAACACAGAAAGUAGAACCAAAGGGUUCGAGUGGGACUCGCUACACCCAUUGCUACGCAGCUCAAGUGCAAAGGGGCGCACAGCAUCUCGAGGCCUAUUGGCAGCGGUCAGAAACCUUGGGCCAGGCUAUCCUGACACCCCAGCAACGGAUUGAGGAGCUGACAGACAUUAUAGAGAGGUUCAUUUUUGUUAUGCCUCCUGUGGAGGCUCCUGCUAUCACCAUGCACACCUCUCAUCCUCCCCCAACACUCCUGCUCCAGCAGUCUGUCUUCAAGGAGACAUUGCGACAAGAGCUCUCGCCACAUGCGAGUUGUCUGCAUCGUAUCAUUUGCAACAUGAGGACGCAGUUUCCAGACCUCCGCCUCAUCCAGUACGACUGUGGGAAAUUGCAGACUUUGGAUGUUCUUCUACGGCAGCUCAAGGCUGGGGCCCACCGGGUCCUCAUCUUCACCCAGAUGACCCGCAUGUUAGAUGUGUUGGAACAGUUCCUCAAUUAUCAUGGGCAUAUCUAUCUGCGAUUGGAUGGUAGCACUCGGGUAGAGCAACGGCAAGCACUCAUGGAGCGUUUCAAUGCAGACAAGCGCAUCUUCUGUUUCAUCUUGUCAACACGCAGCGGUGGGGUGGGAGUGAACCUGACAGGUGCUGACACUGUGGUGUUCUAUGACAGUGAUUGGAACCCCACCAUGGAUGCUCAGGCCCAAGAUCGCUGCCACCGUAUUGGGCAGACACGGGACGUUCACAUCUACAGGUUGAUCAGCGAAAGGACUGUGGAGGAAAAUAUUCUGAAGAAAGCUAAUCAGAAGAGAAUGCUAGGAGACAUGGCUAUUGAGGGGGGCAACUUUACUACAGCAUAUUUCAAGCAGCAAACUAUUCGUGAGCUGUUUGACAUGCCACUAGAUGAACCCACAAAAAAGGAAGGAGAGGCCCCAGUUCUAGUGCAGGAGGAGGAAGAAGAUACCAUGGCCACCAAGCAAACACAGAUUCUGGAACAAGCACUGUGCAAGGCUGAGGAUCCUGAAGACAUCCGGGCAGCCACUCAGGCCAAAGCAGAACAAGUGGCUGAGCUGGCAGAAUUCAAUGAGAACAUUCCUUUGGAUGCAGAAGAUAGGUCCAGCAAAGAAGAAGAAGAAGAAAUUUCUAAGGCAGAGCAGGAAAUUGCUUCACUCGUAGAACAGCUCACUCCUAUUGAACGGUAUGCCAUGAACUUUUUGGAGGCAUCUCUGGAGGACAUCAGUCGGGAGGAGUUGAAGCAAGCAGAGGAACAGGUGGAAGCUGCCCGCAAAGAUAUUGAUCAGGCUAAGGAUGAGGUGGUCUUUAAACUGCCAGAGGACGAAGAUGAGAGUUACCUCCUUGAGGAAGGGUCCAGCAAGAAAAGCAAGAAGGGCAAGAUUCCUGGUCGGACACCCUCAGAGAGGACAGGCACACGCAUGAGUGAACGGCUGCGUAGCACUCGUCUUCCACCAAGGGAUGGGGAUAGUGGAGAAGUGGAAUCCCCCCAGACUAGGCUGCCCAAUCUCCGGCAUCCCCGAAUUGUGACAGAUGAGGAAGAUGACAACCUGCCCCAAGUAGCGCAGCACACAAGAAGUGCUGCAGUGCGUAGAGAACUGGUGCGGGAAGAAAAGCGUGCUCAAAUUGUCCUGAAUACUCGCAGAACUUUGGCCCGUCGAGAAGAGCCGUGGAAUAAAGGCCCAACUAGUGGGGAGAGAAUGCAGAAAAUGCCUCCCCACAGAAGCGAAGCUUUUGGUGACAGGGUUUUGAGAACUAAUCUCCAUAGAACAGACACCCCAUCUGUUGGGGAUAAGCUGCUACAAGCUACUCCACAGAAAUCAGAUCCAGGAGCUGCUGGUGACAGAAUUCUGAGAGGCACUGCAUCAAAGACAGAGACCUUGCUUCUUGAUGAAAGAUUACCAGGAAGUGUCCCACAGACAUCAGAUACCAGUUUGGAUAAGGUGCUGAGGCCAAGCCUACAGAAGCCUGAAAAACCUGGGCUGGAUAAAUUUACAUGUAGCUCACCUAAGUCUGAGGUGUCAGGGACUGAGGUAAUGGUUCCUGGAUUUCAUUUGCAAGGCCUGGAUGGAGAGGUAUUUAAAUUAAAAACGGAUUUAGGAGAGCAGAAAGCAGAAGAAAUUUCCCAGCUCAGUCUGCCAACCCCUGAAUUCCAAGCAGCUGAGUAUGCUGCAUGUAUGGAAGUACCAGCAUUCCAAGAACAAGACACUCUAGUUGCUGGGAAAUUGUUGGCUACACAGACAUUUUCUGAUGCUGGGAAGGCCAUCCUGAAUAUCCCAGCUAUUAAAAUGAAAGCAGCAAACCCAGUGCCACUUGUCACUGUGGAACUAACUUAUGAGAGCAAACCUGAGGCUGCAGGCGAGAUAAAUUUACCUUUGAUUGAGCAAAAGAUGAGCGUACGCAAGCCAGCAGAAGGAGCAGAUGUGAGCACUAGCUGCGGUGCUGCAGAACAAGAAUCAAUCAAUUCUGUGGAUGAGGCAACCAGACGCGUCUCUAUUGAAGAGACAGCAGCACCUCCUGAUGACCCCGCUAGGAUAGUAACUGAGCCUCUUUCUCCUAAAAGCGCAAAAGACACCACUUGGGAAACCACAGACAGUGCAGCAUCAUUUAUGUUGGACAGUGAAGUCCCCAAGAUGGACACCCCUGUGUUUACUUCCCUGGAUCACUCUCCAGCUACUAGCUCUCUGCUUCAACUGGAAACUUUGGCCUGCAUCAAGGAACAAAAUGGCUUGAAAGAAUCUCUGAGAAGUGGAGACUUCCCUUCUCCUAUUUCAAGUUUGCUAAUUGAGCCCCAGCUUGAAAUCUUGCCUUUGGGGAGUACAUUGCCAAUAUCAGAGACAGGUGACAACAAAGUCAAUAGUCUCGGUGAAUCAACAACUCAGAAUCAAGGAGUGGUAGGGAAAAAAAAUAAUGGGGAGGGGCACCAGGAGGCUAGGCUUAUAACAGUCUGCCCAGGAUCUGCCUCUUCACAGGAGGGUACAUCACUUCCAGGAAAUUUGUCUUCAGAUGAGAGUCUUUCACCGAACAAACCCCCACGUCGUCGAACCAGUGCUGAUGUGCAAAUUCAGCAGAGCUGUCAAACUCCAGAUGGCCCUGCUGCCAAAGUCUUACGCAAGCUGCCAGGACGCCUGGUCACAGUGGUGGAGGAGAAAGAGCUCAUUCGUCGUCGGCGUAAUCGCAUGUGCAAACUGGAUUCUGCCCCCAGUGCUGUGAUGAGUCUGGGCAGUAGCUCAGCACAAAGCUUGUCGGAGCCAGAGAUUUUGCCUUCUCCUAAACCAUUGCCACUAUUGCGUGACUUGCCUGCCCGUCGAAGAAUUGAACUGGAGAGCCGGGCAGCAGCCAAAGAAAGAGAUGAUGGUUCAAAAGGAGAGCUGCUCGGUAGUAUGUCCUCUGAGCCUGUCAAGCGCAAACGGGGACGUCCUCCCAAGAACAAGUCACCGGAUCAGCAGAGUCCAGGGUUGCUCCAGCCCUUCUCUGAGCCAGCUCUGGAGAUCAGCUCCCAAAGAAAAGCGCCAGUGAGGAAAAUACCUGAGGGCCAUCCACGGACUAAAUCCCCAGAGCAGAAGGUGCCUGAGACCUCCUCCCCCAAGAGUGAAUCUCCCAAGAGUAAGACAGACAGUAGUGAGAAUGGUGACUCCCCUGUGGAGAAGCGAAGGCGUGGCCGGCCUCCUAAGGCACGGCAGUCCCCCAUCAUGCCUCCCAAGUCUCCUGCUUCUGAAGUGCUGCUAGCCCCAUCCACAAAACCUCAGACUGUAGAGCUACCCCUUAAGGUGCAAAAGAAGCUGCAGAAAUCCCCCGAGCCAAUCUCUGUAACAGAGGCAACAUCGAAGAUUCAUGAGUCGCUAGACUUGCAUCCCAAAAUGGCCAUCUCAAAAACCUCUCCUAAAGCACGGAAUCGAAUGUCACUGCAUUCUAAAUCCAUGUCAAUGUCUAAAUCAACCUUGAAGGCACGAGAAUUGCUGACCACUUCCCCCAAAGCGCUUUCCAAAUCAUCCACCGAAGUGUGUGAACCCCUCGCUUCUUCCCCUAGAGGGGUCUCUGCAACAGAAACUUCACUGGAGAUGCAAGAGCCACCUUGUCUACCCCCUGUGUCAUGCUCGCUACCCAAAGGUACCUCUAGUUCCCCAGCAGCAAAUUCUCCACCUAAGCGGAAAAGGGGUCGUCCCCCAAAGAACCCAUCUUCUCCUCGGGUGGAGGUGGCACAGCCUCCUGCCUCAGCCUCUGACCAGGAGGCCUCUCUGGAGAAGCACACCCCAGCUCCUCCUGGCCGCAAGCGACGAAGGCGUAGGAGAAAGGAUGACCUUGGCCCAUCGUUGCCUGGCACCAACCAGAGCUCCUCGGAGGGUGAGGAUACUCGACCACUCACCAGACUUGCCCUGCUCAAGCGGGAGGAAAAGCCAGAGUCUUGCAGUGGGGCUUUAGUUCAGCCCUCUCCAAAGCACACUGUCACUGAGAGGGCUUCAUCUGCAGAGAGUAGUACUUGGGAGCAGCCUUCUAGCGACACCCCUACCCGCUCAACUCGCCUGCGGCCUGGCUGUCUUGUUCCACCGCUGGAACGGGAAACCCAGCGACGGAAGCGGCGCUGCUCCUUGGAGGGUAAGCGGGUGAGCAACAGCAGUAAGUCACCUGCUUCCCAAGUCAUCUCUGAGCAGGAGGGUGGAGAGUCGGAGUCUUCUCUGAAAUCCUCCUCGGAGUCAAAUAGUUAUAAGUGUAUCCAGCAGCCGAAGCGCCAGUGUUAUGACUCGGCAAGGGGGCACGGUCGAAAGAGGGGCCAGCAUCACCACAGUGGGAUGGCCGACCGCAUCCUCCGUAGCGCAGUUAAGCCUGCCGACGAUACCCGAUCGGCGUCCUCCCCGAUUCCCCCCAGGAAACCAGGCCCUGCUUCUGCUUCCUCCUCAGCUGGGGGGGUCACUGGAGCACUCUCUCCCUCAACAACCCCUUCCUCCACUGCCCCGGUUACCUCUUCGCAAAGUAACAGAGGCCGCAAGCCCAAGACGUGACCACAGCGCGAGAUGUUCUGCUGUUAUUUCUCUGCGGGGAUGGCUCAGCAGCCAUCUCUUUUCCCGCACAUACAGUAAGCAGCUCUAGUCCCCACCCUCCCUUUGCUCUUAUUCCUCCCGUUAACGUGGGGGCAGCUAAUGGGGCUCCCUGCAUUCCAGUCUUGACUGUUGGAGUACUACUUGAAAGGAGGAGGACCGUGAGCAUGGCUCUUCAUUCCCAGGUGCUUUUCUGGGAGCAGGCAAGGGGCACUCAUGCUGAUGUCGCUAUGUGUAGCUCAGUUGCCCCGCUGUGGGUUGUAGUGGCAGGGCCAGCACUUUUGCAAUGAAUUCCGCUACUUCCUGACCAUGGGGAGAGGGGGUGGGGGAGUAGCUUCAUAGAGUUGUUGCCCCUAGAGUAACACUACAGGGCACCUGCCAUCCCUAAAUGCCCCAAUGCUUUGGGAAGUCUCGCCCAGGCUUUUGAUAGGCGCUUGUCACGUUUUGGGCCUGGGUGUUCCUCUGUCCUCUUCCCUCCCCCCUCUCUCCCAAGUCCUCCAGAGGAUGCCCUCCCGAUUUAUAAACACAAUUAGCUCUUACUUUUUUAAUGGCUUUGGGUUGGUUUUUAAAUGACAGUGACCAAAUGCUAGGUCCCCUUUUCUGGCUACCCCUUUUGAUUGUCUCCGUGCUUAUUCCAUUCACAAUGUAGGGCCCCUUUGAGGCAUGAAGAGGUGGGAAAGUUGACUCCCCAAAAUGGAGGGCAAGGGAGGAGACACAAGACACAACCCAAUAAGAUUAUGUGCUCCUUUUUUGCAUCACCACCAAGAGGAAAAUGUCUUAUUUUAAUGAUGUCGAUCACAUCCUCACUGCUCCAAGGACUUUUUUGUCGGUUCAUGAGUUGGGUCAAAUCCUUCUCCCCUUCCACUCCUCUUGUGUACAGCUCUCAUUGUAAAAUAGGUUCUUUUGAACAUAAACUAUGCAAAGGUUAUUUUGUAUAGGGGAGCACAACUUUCCCUCCCCUCCCCCACUGCAAUGGGUUUAGUGGGCAGCAGCAGUUCUCUGGAUUUGGGGAGGGGUGCAGUUGGGGUGGAGGGGGAGGUGUUCCCAUGGAGCUGUCUUUCCUACUGAAGCAUGUUCAGAACUUGUACAGAAGACCGAUGUAAUCUUUCUUCAGAAUAAUGCUAUGAAUAAAGUGUUAAAAGGGGAAAAAACCGCACACCACAUGGAUUUGUGGAAUCUUUU